GUACUCCUACGCCAUCGCCGAUAAGGUGUUUGGUGCCAUCGUGUACAAAAGCGAACAAGUGACGCCAGACUCGUACACACCGGGAACGACGUAUGAGCAACGCAUGACUGCGUUUUUGCAAGAAGGACGAUACAACCGCAUGUGGAGUGAGGAAUUGCAAAAGCAGAAAGCAAUCCAUGAGGUAAAAAAGAUGUCUCUUGUUCAGUAUGUGCUGCGUGAUGAUGCAACUGCAGUAUUUGUCUUUUUGACAUGAAAAAUAAGUCACUUGUUCCCAUAACAGCAAGCGAAGGAAUCCGCAGCGGAGAGUAAGAAGAUCAUCCAGGAGGAGGUCGCCGUGUUGAACAAGAAGACUUCGGAGUUGCAGGCAUUGAUCGAGAAGCAGACCAGCAACGCCUCCAUGUAUGGACCGACCUGGUACUCCAAAGACAAGAGAAACAAAGGUGUCAAAGCACACAGGCAUACUCUUUUGGUAUGGUGGCCAAAGUGGGCCGAGGGCUUGCCCGGUGCCAUUAGAUUCCAGCACACAAGAUUCGGAUCCUAUGUCCCGGAUGAAGGUGUCAUGUGCACAAUGUAUUUUUACUUUCUCCAGGUGAGACAAUCGCGCUGCAAAACUUGUAAUGCAAGGCUGCUUUGACACAGAUGAUUGAAAAUUGCACUGCAUCAGGUGACGGCAAGAAGGGCAAGAAGGGUGCCAAGGCGAAGCCCUGGCGCCACACGUUCAUGUCGUCGCGGGGGAAAUGCCAGUACGGAUCCGGUUGCCGGUUCGCCCACCCCAAGGCCGGGGACAUCUCCAUCAACCAGUUCAAGGAGAUGAAGGAGAACAACAUCUACGGUGACAAGUUCAAGGGAGUGGAGUUUGAGGACUGGCGCAAGCCGGUCGAUGACAAGAAGGAUGAAUAGUUGAACUAUUGUCAUCGCAAGCUGCCAGUAGUGAGAGCACUGGCAGCCCUGUCG